GCCCACAGGGGCGUAGGUAGGGUGGUCUCGCGGGCCGCGCGGCACCCCGCGCGUCAUUCGUCGAAUCGCCUCGGCCCGGCGGCGAGCUCGCUCGGAGACCAGCGCCCGACGGUGGAGGUUAGGUUCGCCGACGUUCGUCCGCGCUCGCCGACAGUGAGUCUCCACGAGUCUCCGUCGAGAGAGAGAGAGAGAGAGAGAGCCGCCUCGCCCGCGGUGAUUCGCGUGUACGCGCGCGUGUGCCCCGCGUCGCAAACGGAUAAAAUAAUGUCGAGCAGCGUGUGUCACGCGCCCCUGCCAGCACGAAUGGAAGCGUUCACCACGAGGCUCUGCCUGCGUGCGGUCGACCAGUAUGAGCGGCUUCUGCAGACGCACUUCAACAAGCCCUCGAGCAAGGAGCAGGCGCGAUUGAGCAGUCAUGAUUCGAUGGGCAACAAGGACCGCCGUCGACAGAAAGAUGGGUCAGGCAGCGGCGGAAGUAGCGGCAACGGUAGCAGCACUUACAGCGCCUUCCGUCAGUGGCGGCGGAGCACUUCGAUGGGCUCCCACAGCAGCCGGUCCAACAGCGCCGGCUCCAGAUCGCCCGGCUCGCUCGCCAAAUUGCCCAGCGACCCGGCCACCAUGCGAAAGAUGGAACAGUUCCCCCUGGUCCUGUCCGACGCGACGAUGCCGGACGAGGAUCUCUCCUUGAAAUUUCUCGCCCUGAACGCCCUGGAUCUUACGGCGCCGGCCAGCGACGUGCUCUUGAAGAACAGACUCAAGUCCUGGUUCCAACUGUCGGGCCACCCGGACGGCUUCGCACCCGCCGGUCCCGGCACCGUCUGGAAGAGGAGGGCCGGCGGCGCCGAGAACACGGAGCGCGCGGUUUACGAGACCCUGAGCAAGGAGGAAGCGUUGCGGGAUUGUAUUCCGAGAUAUUACCGGGAGGUCGAGUACAAGGGCGACACGUUUAUCGAGCUGCAGGAUCUACUCUUCGGUUUCAACGAUCCGCACGUGAUGGACAUUAAGAUGGGCACGCGGACUUUUCUCGAGUCCGAGGUGUCCAAGACCACCGCCAGGCCGGACCUGUAUCAGAAGAUGAUCGCCGUCGAUCCGGACGCGCCGACCCAGCUGGAGCACGAGCAGCGCGCCGUAACCAAGUUACGGUACAUGCAGUUUCGCGAGCAGCAAAGCUCGACCUGCAGCCACGGUUUUCGCAUCGAGGCGAUGAAGCUGCCGGGCGCGCCGCCGAUCACCGAUCUCAAGAAGGUCAAGUCGUAUUCGGAGGUGUUCGACAUCAUAAGGCAAUUCCUCGGCAAGCGCGAGGACAGUCGUCAAAAGAUCCUCGCGCGCCUCAAGAGCCUGCGAACCAAAGUUGAGGAGUCAGAAUAUUUUGAAACUCACGAGGUAAUCGGCAGUAGUAUCUUCAUGAUCUACGACAGCAAGAAGGUGGGCGUCUGGCUGAUAGAUUUCGCGAAAACGCGGGAGGUGCCGGACGGGCGGAAGCUCACGCACAGACGUCCUUGGGAGGAGGGUAACCACGAAGAGGGUUUCUUAUACGGAUUGGACAACUUAAUUUCGACCAUGGAAGAAGUCCGCCUUUCUCCGUAAACAUCCUCGAUGCUCGCGUGACGCGAAAUUCGGGGACUUUUCUACGCUGCGAAACAUCGCUUACCCAUGUACAUAGACCGAGUGAAACAAGUAUUCGUAUUCCAUCGUUUAUAAAUGACUUCUAAUUAAAUGUAAGUGCGCCAGUAUCAUCGGAUCAUCGACAAGUGGAGUUGCGUAUAAGUGAGUAAAGUACUGACCGCCGAAAAGUGGUACAUACUCGUUUCGCUUACUUUCGCUCACCUCCCGGCCUUGUCGCAAGUCCGACAUAUUCAUCGUCGUUAUUUAUAUCACCCGAUAUGUAUGUAUAUUUAACGUGGAAGACUGCUUUCUAUUGCAUUUCACGCGCAUUUUUGUAAGAGACGUGUCUCCAACAUAUUACUCUGUGUACAAACGCGUAAUGUACAAAAGUAGCUUUUAAGCUAACGAUAAGUAACAUAACGUGCUGAGCUAAACGAAACUUAUUUAUGAGAAGUGCUUACGUCGAAUAUUAAUGGUAAGGUUCUUACUUUUUUUAAAGAGUACUUGUCUCGAAUCGCUUCGUGUUUCAACUUGUAGGAAUAAAUAAAUAAUCUUCGUACGUA